AUGGACGGGGAACUGGAGGCUUUUGAUAACAAUUUGUGUGAAAGAGUCACUCAAUUGAAUGCAAACUAUGUUUCACUCAAUAGUCAUGAAUUGAAUGACAAAUCAAUUGAUUUCACAAAUUGUCGAAAUUUGUUGAGAAUUAAUGCCAAUUAUAACCCAUUGAGUGGUGAACCCGACGAGCACCGGGAGGUCCAGGAAGUGGAUGGAGUGGUCGAUGAGAACAUCGGUGAACUGGAAUCACUUGUGGUAUUAGAGGAGACACAAGAAGUAAAGACUUUGGGCACAGAAGUCGACGACAGAGACAGAGAUGAGACGGAAGGACCGGAAGAGAUGUCUGAAGCAGAAGAAGGCGGAGAGAGUGGUGUCGGAGACCAACACAAAGACACUCCAGAAGUGACAGAAGGAGGCGAUGGGAGGGAAGGCAUUGAUAAUUGUGAACCAAAUGAAGGUAAUGGUGCCCUUAAUUCAGGUGAUCAACCAUUUGUGUGUUUUUGGCCCAAUUGUGGCAAACAAUUCGCUCGUAAAUAUAAUCUCAAAGAACACAAAAGUGCCGUCCAUUUGAAGCUCAAGAGAUUCAGAUGUGAUGUCGAGGGUUGUGGUCAACGGUUUUCUAACAAGUCUAGUCUCAAUCAACAUAAACGCUUGCAUUCGGGAAAAGCCAUUCAAAUGCAAUGA